AUGGAUGAGGACUCUGGAGAUGUGGUUGCAUUCAAUGUUGUCCAGGUCUCAGAAGUCAGCUCAUCAAAUUCCAUGGAGAAACAGGGCUUUUCUCGCUGCCUCCAAGACUUGGAGGAAAAGGGGAUCAUGAUUAACAGGAUUGCUACAGACCGCCAUGUUUCCAUCAGCAGCAGCAUGAAGAAGGACUUCCCACACAUCAACCACCAGUAUGAUGUUUGGCAUCUCUCCAAGUGGGUGGUCAAAAAACUAGCAAACAAAGCCAAACAAAAGGGUUGUGAGGAACUGGCCCCAUGGAUACAAUCCAUUUCCAAUCACCUUUGGUGGUGCGCGGCAACCUGCGAUGGGAGUGUGUAGCUUCUGCGUGAAAAGUGAAAGUGUGUUUUAGAUCAUGUAGCAAACAAGCACAAGUGGUCAGGCAACACGCUUUUCCAUCAGUGUUGCCACCGACGUAUCUCUUCCUCGGAAGCUAAGCAAGCCAGGCCCACAAGCUCACAUAGCUUUAGAGGAAGUGUACUGAAUAAAAAGCUUCUUAAAGAUCUGGCUAAACUAACUGACUUCUGUCACACUGGUAAAAUUGAGGUGUACCAUUCAAUGAUGCUGAAGUAUGCCUCCAAAAGCGAGCAUUAUUCUUACCAGGGCAUGGUAGCUAGGACCCAGCUAGCCGCUCUAGACAACAAUGCUAACACUGGCCGUAGUCAAGCUGUGAUAAAGUCAGGUGAACGGGCAGGUGAGGCACGAUACAAGCUUUGCUUCCCAAAAGCAAAUAAAAGAUGGGUUGUCAAACCAAUUAAUGAGAAGAAGUCAUAUCAGUUCUUGUCAGACCUACUUUCAGAGGUGCUCAGUCGUGUUGAGCUGGGGAAUGCAGCUGCACAGCCACUUCAUCCACACCUACCAAGCCUCAGAACCAGCACCUAG